AUGACUUCCAAAGACGCAAAUACGCCUGGGCAGCCAAGUCCUCGACGAUUGAGCCAGCAGGCUGAGACAUGCUCUCAAGGACACGAUUCGGAACCAUUGGAAUCAACAUCACUUCCAAUCCGCGACACGGAGGGAUUGCCCUGGAUGGACGGCAUAUUCGACUCUUAUCUGGACCAGCAAUGGGACUUUACUCCAGACUUAGCCGUCAGUGCCAGUGACUUCCCCACCCAAAAUUGUGGCCUGUCUGCCAAUACAUUGGGUCAAGGAUCCGCUGGGUUCAACCUGCCAAACUCAGACCGUCAAAGUCCGAGCUCUGCCUCCCUCUCGGCGGUUUCCGAUCGCGUUCUGGCACAGCACUAUACCCAGAACCUAACAUCGAAAUACAGCUCAAAGGAGCGGGGUUGGAACAAUCACACCUACUUCUUCAAUCGCUUCAGUUCGAGUCAUCCAUUUGUGAUAUCAUCUCUGUACGCAUGGACGGCUGCCCACCUCCAUUGCUACGGGGCACUAGGUUCCGAAGUGGACGCUUUGGAGCAUUACGGCAAGAGUCUUGCGGGCCUCAGAGACCAGCUCGGGAUCCACCUGUUGGCUGAGAACGUAACUGAAGAGGCUAGCCAGACCUGGUUCCAGCUUCUAGCCAAAGAUGAUGACCUGGAUGCUGUCUCCGUGACUCUGUACUUCCUGGCCUGGACUGACCUCCUACUUUCAAGACAGGCAUCUUUAAAGCAGAUGCUCAGCCUCGAAGCUUUACUGCUGGGUAUCCGGGGCCAUGAUCAAUUGCAUUCAAUCUACGUCAGAAUGGCUGUAUGGUUCUGCUUUCUCGACGCACGCACUGCCCUCUUUUGCCAGGGGAAUGAUCGCAUAAUUCAGUCCAUGGGGGAUGACUCGGGGCUGGUGAUAGCGUUGGAGCAGUCUCAUGACUUUCUACAGAGAGAAUACACCCUGUUGUACCCCAGGGAAGAACGGCAGUGGGACGAGGCUCACAGACCUCUGUACGUCGCUACGUGCCGCUUGGUCGGUCUGCUGGGGAAAGUAUCUAGGAGCCAUGGCCACUCUCCAGACGAGAGUCUUGAAGUUGGUGUCCGGGAGUCAUUGUACGACAUUAGACUGGGUCUCGACAGUUUCAGUGAGGCGAAAGCUGCGGAAAACAAGGUGCUGUCCAUCUACCUCACCACAAACGCCCUCUUUCACGCGGUAGAGAUAUACGCGUCGAGAGUAUAUCAACCCAAUGAAAUAUUGUAUGCAAAGAGCAUCCACGCGGAAAAGAUUAUCACCAUCACUCGCCACUUUUAUCGGAAACUGAAGCGGCCGAGAACGGAAGCGCCGCCUACCAAGAUAUGGCCGGUGCCACUGAUCAUGGCUGCGAUCGAGGCAAAAGACCCGAUUUACAGAGAGUGGACGCUACAACAGAUAAAGGAGUACUGCCGUGCGGGAAAGCAUUUUGUGAAUGCGUGCACCUUCGUCGAAAAUGUGCAUGCCGCCGAGGAGGCGACGGGCUGUCGUGCCGAUUUUCGCCGGAUUGCCCAAGACAUGGGCGAUGAUUUUGUCAUAUGA